AUGUCUGAUGGAAGUGAAGAGUCGUAUUUCCUCAAAUCGGCCCCGUUGGCCCUCGGCGGCCAGAUGAUGCAGGGCGAAUUCCAUGUCAUGUCAGAAUUCCACAGGUUCGCGCCUGAUUUUGUGCCCAAACCACAUUCGUGGGGCAAAUAUUCUUUCCAGGACUUUGACGCGUAUUUCUUGAUCCUAGAGUAUCUGGACAUGGCGACCGACACAAUGCCGGAUCCUAUCGAGCUAUGCUCAAAGUUGGCGCGAGUUCACCGAGAUAGCCAGUCGCCAACGGGACAAUUCGGCUUUGCUGUCACCACUUGUCAGAACCUUUACCCGCAAGCGGUAGGUUGGGAGAGCAAUUGGACAACUUUCUACAAAAAGAUCCUCCAACAUGCGAUGAACAUGGAUUCUGAGAUCAAUGGAUACUGGAAGGAGCUUGAUAGAGUGGAACAGCGAGUUCUUACAUCAAUCGUUCCUCGCUUGCUCGAUGCACUAGUGCAGGACGGCAGAACCUUGAAGCCGAGCCUCAUACAUGCCGACCUGUGGGAAGGAAAUACUGGCACUUCUCUGAAAAAUGGAAAUGUCUACAUAUACGACUCCGCAGGCUUCUACGCCCACAACGAGCUGGACAUAGCUGACUGGCGUGGCUAUUUCAACAAGAUCCAUAGGGACCUUUACACCAAGACCUACCUCAGGUUCUUCCCCGCCAGUGAGCCGAAAGACGAAUGGGACGAUAGGAACCGCCUCUAUGCCUGCUACUACUACUUGUGGUACUCGGUACAUCACAAGGCCUCUGGAAAGGCUGUCCGCCAGAUGCAAGUAUCAACAUGA